UAAAGAGCUAGAUGACCUCGAAGAUGAAAUGCCUGGUGCAAUAUAUUUACCAGUUGAUAAAUCGCAUCGUGACGGACUUGUGAAAUCUCAGCCAGCAAGGACAGUGUGUGCUCUACAUACUAGGAAUGAACAUAUGGUUAGAAUUCAAGUUAGAAGAUUAGGAAUGACAAAUUCUGUUAUGCUUGGUUACAAUUUUCGUGAUCCUGCAGAAAACAAUAAGUUGUAUAAAUCUGUUCUCGAUUCAGGUGCACCAGAAAUGAUCCUUCCUUAUCAUGUCCGUAGGAUAUUUGGAAGAAGAGGAUGGAAAACUGUCUUAGGUGUUACUAUCGGAUAUGGAGCACCCGCUCGCCUGGUUCAUGCAUCAACAACAUUUGAAGUUGCAAUUGGGGAUGAUAAUAGUUGGACUAA